CUUUGUUUGUUUUGAGGUGUUUCAGUUAAAUACCUGAGGGUCGGCCGACAACACUAGACGAUGGAUUAUAAUUAUAACAUUGAAGAGGGGAGUGACUCGUAUGAAGACACAGACUUUACUCUGCCCUCCCCUCUGCAAAUGCCUUCUCCUGUUAACGUUGGAGCGUAUGAUGAGGAGAGAAGGGGGGCUGAGGAGGAGCAGGAGGAGCGUCUGGACACUGUGAUCAUCCCGUUUGAAUCAGAGGCUUACUUGAACGUGAACACCAACGCCACCACUCGGGGGGACGCACAGGCCUACGUCGAGCUGAACGAGCUGCAGGGGAGCAGUUGGCAGGAGACAGCUCGCUGGGUGGGUUUUGAGGAGAACUUGAAUCCAGCCACAGGGCAAUGGAGUGGGUCACAUGUGUCCUACCUCACCUUCAAGAGCCUCAUCCAACUCAGGAAGGCGAUGAGCACAGGUGCCUUCAUCUUUGACUUGGAUGCCAGCAGUCUGUCGGCGGUGGCGGAGAAGGUGGUGGAUGAGCUUCUGAACAAAAACGAGAUCAGGGCUGUGGAUCGGGAGGCUCUGCUCAGGGCCAUGCUCAUGAGGCGCAGUCAGAUGGAGGCUCCUGCUGUGACUGAGGGUGGGGCCAUUCAAAUGCAGACUUUUUCUGUCACUCAAAAGAGAGACAAUUCUGACAAUAUGGAAGCGUCCAUUGUUCUCUCUGGUGUGGUGGAGAACCUGCAGAAGCCCGUGGUGGGGUUCGUGCGUCUGAAGGACUCGGUGGUGAUGCCGUCCACUCUGGAGUCUCCUGUCCCCGUGCGUUUUGUCUUUGUCCUGGUCGGACCCAGCAACAGCGGCAUCGACUACAGUCAGAGCGGGAGAGCCAUGGGAGCACUGAUGGCUGACUGGGUGUUUUGUCUCGAGGCGUUUUUGGCCCAAAAAGACAAAGACGUAACAGACGCCAUUGCAGAUUUCAUGGACUGCAGUAUCGUGCUUCCUCCCACCGAGAUCCAGGACCAGAAAAUGCUCGAACCCGUUAUCAACUUCCAGAGAAAAAUGCUGCGUGACCGACUUCGCCCAAUCGACAACCGCCUGGCGUUUGGAGACAGGCUCAAAGCUGACAAGCCCCCAGAGCCCCCGCGUGAGGACCCCCUGGCCCGUACUGGAUACCCCUUUGGUGGGAUGUUCAGAGACAUAAAGCGUCGCUAUCGUCACUACCUCAGCGACUACGUGGACGGACUCAACCCCCAAGUGCUGGCUGCCAUAAUCUUCAUCUACUUUGCCGCUCUGUCCCCAGCCAUCACCUUUGGAGGACUUCUGGCUGAUAAAACAGAAAAAUGGAUGGGCGUGUCUGAGCUCAUGGUGUCGACCUGUGUCCAAGGCGUGAUCUUCUGCCUCGUCGCGGCGCAGCCCGUCCUCGUCAUCGGAUUCUCUGGACCACUGCUUUUGUUUGAAGAGGCCUUUUUUGCUUUCUGUAAGGCCAGUGACCUCGAGUACAUCGUGGGGCGUAUCUGGGUGGGCAUGUGGCUCAUCGUCAUAGUGGUCCUCAUUGUGGCGGUGGAAGGCAGUUUUCUGGUCAAAUUCAUUUCACGCUUCACCCAGGAAAUCUUCUCCAUCCUCAUCUCACUCAUCUUCAUCUAUGAGACGUUCGCCAAGCUCUUUAAGAUUUUCAAAACCCACCCUCUGAUUCUGAACUACGACCACCUGAAUGAUUCCAGUGAAAACCCGUUUCAUCCGAUCAUCCACAAACACACGGAGUACGGCCCUGACGGGAACAUUACCGUCAUAGAAAAAGAGUUGGAGCGCGCCUACCCCAACACCGCCCUGCUCUCCAUGUGCCUCAUGUUCGGCUGUUUUUUCAUCGCGUACUUCCUCCGGAUCUUCAAGAACGGCCCCUACCUCCCUGGACCUAUCCGUCGUUUGAUUGGAGACUUCGGUGUGCCCAUCGCCAUCUUCUUCAUGAUUUUUGUCGAUAUCAACAUUGAGGAUGCGUACACUCAGAAACUGGUGGUGCCCAAAGGAGUGGAGGUGACCAACCCCAAAGCGAGGGGCUGGUUCAUUAACCCUAUGGGGGAGAAGAAGCCAUUCCCGGUGUGGAUGAUGGGCGCCUCCUGCAUCCCCGCGCUUCUCGUCUUCAUCCUGAUCUUCCUCGAGUCCCAGAUUACAACUCUGAUCGUGAGCAAACCUGAGAGGAAGAUGGUGAAGGGCUCUGGUUUCCAUUUCGAUUUACUCCUCCUGGUGGUCAUGGGCGGCGUCUCUUCGAUCUUCGGCGUUCCCUGGCUGAGCGCUGCCACGGUCCGGUCCGUUACCCACGCCAACGCCCUCACCGUCAUGUCCAAAGGCCCCAAACCUGAGAUCGAAAAAGUGGUGGAGCAAAGGAUCAGUGGCAUGGCUGUGGCCUUGAUGGUUGGUGUCUCUAUUUACAUGGAGCCUGUGCUGAAGAUGAUCCCGAUGACGGCUCUGUUUGGGAUCUUUUUGUACAUGGGAAUCACGUCUCUAAGCGGUGUCCAGAUGUGGGACCGGAUGCUUCUGCUCAUUACGCCAAAGAAGUACCACCCCUCCGACGCCUACGCCACCAGGGUGUCUACUCUCCGCAUGCACAUCUUCACCUUCAUCCAGAUCAUCUGUUUGGCCAUUCUGUGGGUGGUGAAGAUGAGUCCGUUUUCUCUGGCUCUUCCGUUCGUUCUGCUGCUGACCAUCCCGCUGCGCAUGGUCAUGACCGGCACCCUGUUCACCGAGAUGGAGAUGAAUUGUCUGGAUGCAGAUGAUGCCAAAGUUAAGUUUGAGGAAGAGAUUGGAGAGGACGUUUACUACGAGGCUCCGCUUCCAUAAACUGAACUCCACAAAUUUUAAAUAUAUU